AUGUCUUCCCAGAUCACUCUUACCAGCAGCGAUGGUGUCGAUGUCUCAGUGGACCGCGUUGUUGCUGAGCGCUCGGUCCUGAUCAAGAAUAUGCUGGAGGAUCUUGGUGACUCCGGCGAGGCCAUUCCGAUCCCCAAUGUCAACGAGGCUGUCCUGAAGAAGGUCAUCGAGUGGUGUGAGCACCACAAGAAUGACCCCCAGAGCGCUACUGAUGACGAUGACAACCGCCGCAAGACCACCGACAUUGAUGAGUGGGAUCAGAAGUUCAUGCAGGUGGACCAGGAGAUGCUGUUUGAGAUUAUCUUGGCUGCCAAUUACCUCGAUAUCAAGGCUCUCCUCGAUGUCGGCUGCAAGACUGUGGCCAACAUGAUCAAGGGCAAGUCCCCCGAGGAAAUCCGCAAGACCUUCAAUAUUCAGAAUGAUUUCACUCCCGAAGAGGAGGACCAGAUCCGCCGCGAGAACGAGUGGGCCGAGGAGUAA